UGAUCAUUGUGACGUGCCCUUCCCUUUAUUACUAGGCCAACCCCAUGCUUCAUUCAGAUUUUGUCAAAGCCAGAGACAAACCCAUCUUACAACGUUACCUGAUCUUCGUCGACCUCGUUUUUUGCUAUCUGGGUUCGGUCUGUUCUCGUGUUCUGUGCCACAUUUGAAGAUAAAGGUUGAGACUUUGGGGUGGAAAUGGUUCUGAUGAAGGAAUUUCGUAUUGUGAUGCCCAUGUCUCUGGAAGAGUAUCAAGUUGCUCAGGCAUAUAUGGUCACAAAGAUGCAGCAACAGAACACGAAUAGUACGGAAGGGGUCGAAGUUUUAGAGAAUAAAUCCUUUGAAGAUGAUGUACUUGGAAAGGGUCAAUACACGUCUAAAGUAUACCGUCUGCAAAGCAAAGCUCCUACUUGGCUUACCACCUUUGCACCAGCAGAUGCACUCAUCAUGCAAGAGGAAGCCUGGAACGCAUACCCAAGAUGCAAAACAGUAAUCAAGUGCCCAUACUUCACCAAAUUUCAGUUGACCAUUGAAACUGUUCAUAUGGCUGACAAUGGCCAGUCCGAAAAUGUACAUGGUCUAAGCAAAGAAAAGCUAGCAGCCAGGGAUGUGGAAAUCGUUGAUAUAGCUUCAGCUGCAAGGGAUUACUGGAGUUAUGUGGUUGGUAGUAACAAUACAGACUUUUCCAUUUUUAAAUCAGAGAAGACUGGCCGUGGUCCACUUUUAGAGGGAUGGCAGGAUAUGUCAAGUCCAGUUAUGACAGCCUACAAGUUGGUCACCAUAGAUGCACCAUAUUGGGGAUUUGGCUAUAAACUUGAACAAGCUUUGCUAUUGGGUGAAAGGGCCCUUUUCCUUGAAAGCCAUCGAAAUUGUUUUGCUUGGAUAGAUGAAUGGUUUGGAAUGACUAUGCAACAGCUACGUGAACUUGAUCAAGAAAGCGACUUGUUAGCUGAGGUGCAGAAACAUGGGAUGUCAACUUUGGUGAAGAGCUUGGACGAUUUUGGCCAAAGAAUAACACCUGAAAGUGAAGACAUUUAUCGUGGCCAGAGGUCUCAACUCUCGACUCAACUAUCAACUUAAAUCCUCCUCAGCGGGUAUUUCAUUCAAAUGAGAGCAAGUUAUCUACACUUGUGUCAGGCCAAAUUGCUUCCAUACACCGGUGGAGAACAGCUAUUUAUAUUAGACUGCCAUCCACCAUGCAUAUCAGAUAUAUUUGUUGUUGACAUGCUAGGGGUGAAAGAGGCUCAUUAGGCAGCAUAAACUUGACCUGGAGUGUACUUGUAGCUAACAUGUAAAUGACCAGAAAGCAUUAUCAAAGAAAUGUCCAGAAAUUUUUCUACUUGUGUUUACUGUAUAGUCCUUUAUCUUUCAGUUGCAUUUCCAGACUUAAUGUACCACAUUCAUAGUUCUUCUCAGUACUAAAGGAAAAAUAUGCCGCAGUUAUCAGA